CACACUCGCACUCACACAGCGAGAAGCAGCAGCCAGGCUAGCUAAUCGACAAAGGCUAGCACAUCGUGCCCGCCUGCCCGGCUCCGGCGGGAGGAGGAUCGAUGGCGUUCAUGCGGUACCGUGCGCUGCCGCAGGGGGAGGUGACCGCGGAGGAGUUCUGGGCGUGGCUGGGGCAGUUCGACGCGGACCACGACGGCCGGAUCAGCCGGGAGGAGCUGCAGCGCGCGCUGCGGAGCCUCAGCCUGUGGUUCGCGUCCUGGAAGGCGCGGGAAGGGGUGCAGGCCGCGGACGCCAACCGCGACGGUGCCGUCGGCAGGGAGGAGGCCGGCCGGCUCUUCGCCUACGCGCAGAGGCAGCUCGGCGGCAAGAUCACCCAGCUCGGUUCCUAUGGAUCAAACUGGGCAUGAGUUGAUCUGCUGCUGUAACUCAGACCAGCUUCUGACACGUGGGGUGUGUGGAGUAUGAGAUUUUUUUUUCUGCGAAUGAAAUGGAUGUUUGUGUUUUCGGAUUUCUUGGGGCAACCUUUGCAGUGGUUUCCCAAGGGUUUCCUACUUUGUAUUUUCAGCACUGCAAACUCUGCGGAGAUUUGCAGAGUUGUUAGACAUGAUGGACGUUUCUCCAGGCUCUGUUGAUUA